CUUCAUCAGGCAGCUCCUGGACCACGACAAGGUGGACAUCCUCCCAGGAGAUCAAGAACUCAGCAACUUACCUCAAAUCCGACCGCGGUGACCUUGCUACUCACUUUCAUUAAUUCCUUCUCUUCUCUUGCAUUCAUACUGUUCCUAUCGAGUGUUAAGAUUGCCACUCGGAAUUUCUUGUAUUCCAUAGCUCUGAACGAGACGUCCACAUGUGGGCUUUUUGUCGCUUCGGCAGCUUGGAUCGCCAUACCUCUGCUCUCCUUGUUCUGGAGUACCCUUGGAGCAACUUGCCGGUUCCUCGAGAUCUGA